UUCCUUUUCCCUGAGUCUGGAGCCUGGCUCUCACCUCCUCCUGGCCUCGCCAUCCAGCCAGAGCAGCUGCUCUCAGCUUCAGCCCUUGCACAGGUCCUACAACAGGUUGAGAAAUAUGGCAGUGACAACUCGUUUGACGUGGAUGCAAGAAAAGAAGUUGCAAAAUUGCUUGGGAGGAAAGCAGUUUAGCCUUCUCUUUAAGGCUAGUGUCCAUGAAUCCAGCUCUGAGGAUUUGCUUCGCAGAUGUUGCAAUCAAGGACCUACUAUAACAGUGAUUUAUAGUGAUGAUCGUGUUAUUGUGGCAUAUAUGUCACAGGGUUAUGAUGAACAAAAUAAGUUCACCAUCCUUUUUAACCUUGAAGGGACUAAAAUUUUAAAAUGUAAAAUAGAACCAGUUUCACCAUUGAAAGUUUUUAAUUCCCGGUCUAACCUUUAUAACUGUAAAAAUUUGGAUUUCCAGAUAGAUCUAAAAGAAAGAAAGGUGACCAUGAGUUUAAAUACAAUUGAAAAAUUAACACUACCUCAAUGUGAGAUAGUUUCCUUUCAAGAAUGUGAAGUGUUUCGAUGUGAAGAUUUAUUGGACACAAGGAAGAUGAAAGGGCUCAGCGAGCUCAGAGAGAGCUUAUUGUCUGCCAUAAGAACUUACAAACCAUAUAGAGACCUGGUUUGCCAAAUACGAAUUCUGCUCCUGGGUCCAAUUGGAGCUGGGAAGUCUAGCUUUUUCAACUCCAUAAAGUCUGUUUUCCGAGGCCAUGUAACCCACCAAGCUUUGGUGGACUCUAACAGAACUGGGAAAUCUGAGCAGUACAGGACAUAUUCCAUUAAGGAUGGGAAGGAUGGUAAUGUCUUGCCAUUUGUUCUGUGUGACUCAAUGGGGCUGAGUGAGAAAAAAGGGCUGUGCGUGGAUGACAUAUUCUACAUCUUAAAAGGCCACAUUCCUGACAGAUACCAGUUUAAUUUCAUGAAACCAAUCACACCAGGUUGUGGUAACUACAUCAACUUCCCCAUGCUGAAGGACAGAAUCCAUUGUGCAGCAUUUGUGUUUGAUGCCAACUCUAUUGAACACCUCUCUGUUGAGAUGGUAGCAAAGAUCAAAAGAGCUCGAAGGGAGAUGAUAAAGUGUGGUGUAGUAUAUUUGGUUUUGCUUACUUGUGUGGAUAGCAUGGAUCUGAUUGUGAGAGGAGACCUUAUAGACAUAUACAGAUGUAUGCCUGUGAAGCUCAAGAUAGAGAAAGUCCACAAAAACCUUGGAUUUGCUAUUUCUGACAUCUUGGUGGUCAGUAAUUACACCUCAGAGUGGGAUCUGGAUCCUAUAAAGGAUGUCCUGAACCUCUCUGCACUGAGACAGAUGCUGCUGGCUGCAGAUGACUUCUUAGAGGAUUUGCCUCUUGGGGAAACAGCUAUCGAAGAAAGGCAGUUAACAAGUGUACAAAAGAAAAAUUAAAUAUGAGAACACUUCACAUUAAUCAUUUUUAUCUCAUCAGAGGAGAGUAAAAAUUGAGAAGUGAGAAAACACAGGAAAAAGAGAAGUGGAUGAAACCAAAGGGGUGUAUUUUACUUAUGGCUGGGAUGAAGAUGCAUAAAACAAUUUAAUAAGUAUAAAUAACUUGGGACAGCAUGAUUUAAAGAUUGUAAAAAAAUCAUAAUGUUUUUGAUAUAUGUUCUAUACCUAUGAAAAGUUAAAGUUUCUUCUUAUA